AUGCCUCUCGUCGUUCCAGGUCUUCAGUCGAACAGCGGCGACCAGACCCAGCAAUGGUUCCAGAAGCUCGCAGGCAAGAAGAUUGGCGAGAAGCACGAUGAGAACACCUUCGCCAAGGGCGACCUUCCUCAAGAGCACCGCGUCCUCAAGGGCGACUCGAUGAUGACCAUGGACCACAAGCCAGACCGUCUCAACAUCCACACCGGGGAGGACGGCACCGUGACCAAGGUCACUCAUGGCUGA